GGAGGUUAUAGGGGUGACAAGUCCAUUGAAACGGCCGGUGAGAAAAAAUCAAUCACAAGGAAUUGGGUCUUCGAGUACCAUUGUCUGGGAGACCCAGUGGGAGACCCAAGGGGAAACAUGUUAUCAUGGCAGUGGCACCGACUCUAGUGCACCCUUACCUCCUCAACCGAAAAAAGGGCGAGGGUGGGGUUCAAUUUCUCGUGAGCACAAGGAAGUGUACUGGCAAGCUUUUCAGAAUAUGUAUGAGUGGAACCCAACUGAGCGAGGUGCUAUACAUACAGCAUUUUUAAAUGUUUGUGAGAAUUGAUAUAACAGAAUGGUGACUGAUAUCCAGGAGUCAUGUAGAAAGAAAAAUUUUACAGAAAA